AUGGUAGAAUGCAUUAUAAUGCAACAAUAUUUAGCAGCCAGAAAACAAGACCUGACAUUAUCGAAGACUCAACGGAAGACUCCAACAGUUAUCCAUAAACAUUACCAAAUCCAUCGCAUUAGACAUUUUUAUAUGAGGAAAGUCAAAUUUACUCAACAGAAUUACCAUGACAGACUCUCACAGAUUCUAAUAGAUUUCCCCAAAUUGGAUGAUAUCCAUCCAUUUUAUGCUGAUUUGAUGAACAUUCUCUAUGACAAGGAUCAUUACAAGUUGGCUCUAGGACAAAUAAAUAUUGCCAAAAAUUUAGUGGACAAUGUGGCUAAAGAUUACGUGCGGCUCAUGAAGUACGGAGACUCUCUGUACCGCUGCAAGCAGCUGAAACGCGCGGCCCUCGGGCGGAUGUGCACGAUCAUCAGGAGACAGAAGAAGAGUUUGGAAUAUUUGGACAAGGUGACGAGAGCCGAUGUGGAUGUCCAGCCCUAUGCGUUUACGACUAAGUCUCUGUUUGUGGGGCACAUGGAUUAUAAGUAUCUGGGUUGGCAGGUUGUAGAUACUCCAGGGAUUUUGGACCACCCUUUGGAGGAUCGGAACACCAUUGAGAUGCAGGCCAUCACAGCCCUGGCUCACCUGCGCGCCGCGGUUCUGCUCGUGAUGGACCUCUCUGAGCAGUGUGGGCACGGGCUGAAGGAGCAGCUGGAGCUCUUCCAGAACAUCAAACCUCUCUUUACCAACAAGCCUCUUAUAGUUGUAGCAAAUAAAUGUGACGUGAAGAGGAUAGCUGAGCUUUCUGAAGAUGAUCAGAAAUUUGCAGAUUUGCAGGCUGCAGGAUUUCCUGUGGUUGAGACUAGCAGCACCCUGACGGAGGAAGGGGUUAUUCAAGUGAAAACAGAGGCUUGUGACAGGCUCCUGGCUCAUCGAGUUGAAACCAAAAUGAAAGGAAAUAAAGUGAACGAGGUGCUGAACAGGCUGCAUCUGGCCGUGCCGAACAAAAGAGACGACAAGGAGAGGCCCCCUUUCAUCCCUGAGGGAGUGGUGGCACGCAGGAAGAGAAUGGACAUUGGGGAGCCCAGGAGGAAACGGGAACGAGACCUUGAAGUGGAGCUGGGAGAUGAUUAUGUUUUGGGCCUUCAGAAGUACUGGGAUCUGAUGAACUCCUCUGAGAAAUACAAUAAGAUACCUGAGAUCUGGGAAGGCCAUAACGUAGCUGAUUAUAUAGAUCCCGACAUCAUGCAGAAACUGGAAGAGUUAGAAAAAGAGGAAGAGCUAAGGACAGCAGCAGGGGAGUAUGACAGCGAGUCUGACAGUGAGGACGAAGAGGUGGGGGAGAUCCGCCAGCUGGCGAAGCAAAUUCGGGAAAAAAAGAAACUGAAAAUUCUGCAGUCCAAGGAGAACACACAGGGCCCCAGGAUGCCUCGGACCGCUAAGAAGGUUCAGCGGAAAGUCUUGGAGGAUGAGAUGCACAGUCUUGGUGUUGACAUGGAUGACAAAGACAAUGCCCAUUAUGCAGUCCGGGCCAGAAGGUCCCAGAGCAUUACUAGGAAGAGGAAACGGGAGGAUUCUGUCCCACCCACGUCUGUAGCCCACAGCCGCAGCUGCUCUCGGACUCCGCGGGAUGUCUCUGGCCUUCGGGACGUCAAGAUGGUGAAGAAAACCAAAACUAUGAUGAAGAAUGCUCAGAGGAAGAUGAACCGCCUGGGGAAGAAAGAAGCAGACAGACACGUAUUCGAUAUGAAGCCCAAGCACUUGCUCUCCGGAAAGAGGAAAGCCGGGAAAAAGGACAGGCGGUAGUGGCUUCUGCACCUGCAGCGGUCUGGCUGGUCGGGGUGGUGCCCAGCCUCGUCUGGUGGGGGGGUCCCAGGAUCGGGGCACCGCCUGUAAACCACAGACAGUGAGGACACCUGAAGCUCUGGCUGCUUGCUCUCGGGCGGGGGCUGUGGGUGCAGGAAGGUGUUAGCGCUGCCCCACGGUACGGGUCUUACGAGUGGAUGGUGGGUUCUGCAUUUAGGGAGUUCGGGUUGCUUCAGAUCAGCAGAACCGGAAAGAUGGACAUCAUGUGUGUUUUGAUGGAGAAAAAUCUUUCCGCAAGAGGGAA